UCCAUUCAAAAUUAGUUUGGAGGACGUAACAGUUCAACGUAAGUCUAUAUACUACCACGGCGAUACUGUUGAAUUAGCUUGUCAUGCAACAUUUACAGCACCAGCGUGUCUUCGAUGGUGUAUAAAGAAGCAAACUGAUGAGGACUUUUCUGAAUAUGUGAAUUAUAUCAACACGACUGGCAUGUCGUACGACGGUUGCCAAUACUAUAGAGAAUCUACAUUGGAAUAUAAUGUGACUAAGGAAGACACUAAAACAAUAAUUGCAUGUGAUUUAGCAACUACACCUCGCUGUAGUAUUUCGAAUCAAAAAGAAAGCUCAAUUAUCAUUGGGAAUGAAAUUGUAGACUUGGUAGAUAUACAAGUUCCUCAACAUUUUUUGUAUAAAAAGCAAAGUUUAUCUAUAUCUUGCAUAUCAAAGCCACUUCUAAUGAGAGAUAUAAUAUCAAGCGUGUCAUUGUAUAAGGUGACCGGUAAAAGUUUGAAUUUGUUACUAGAGGCUAGAUAUGAUAAUGUUUUACAAAAAUCAAUAACCAAGUGGUAUGACCCGGAUCUUCGAUAUAGGGCUACUCUAGUGACAUCUACUAUUAAGCCAAAGACAAAUGCCACACUUGAGAUAGAGAUUCCGUCUAAUAAUGUUAAAUGCUGGGAUGCUUCAACGUAUCUUUGUGAACUACUUCUUUUUGGAAACAAAUUUAGUGUUAGUCAACGUACACUGAGUAUAAUGUCAAGUGCACAGUAUAUAGAAACAAAAAUAAGUACACCAAUUGCGCUCACCAAGGAUGAUAUUAAGAUAGACUGUUUGACCUGGAACUUUGAAACAAAUGACACUAUUGCAGAAAUAGUACUGUCGAAAUUAGGAAUCAAUGGCUUAUCAAGGAUUUUUGCGGCACAACUUAGUUUUUCAGAAGGCACGAAACUAAAGUGGUAUGACAUGAAUUACAAAUCCCGAGCAGUGAUUAUAUCAGCAAGUGUUUAUCCAGCUUCGACCUCAAAUAUUAGUCUACAAAUCCCGAAACAUAAUGUUAGAUGUUCCGAUGCAGGAUCUUAUGUAUGCGAAGUAAUUUCUAUGAGCGAUAAAAACGGGAAAAGUACAUUAAGUCUUAAUAUAACAGUUCUUAGUACUGAAAACUUCACUGUUGAUGAAAUUACUAGAACAUCAUCAAGUAACACUUACACCAUAGGGAAAACUAUCGUAUUAAAAUGUGGUGGUAAAGUUGGUAAUCCUCCUGGUGUACCGAUAUGGUGUAGGAAGACGUUGUAUGACAUAAACUACAUGGAAUAUAGUGGCAAUGAUAGUUUACUGGUAUCAGUAACUGAUCCUAAGCCUUUUGAAUGUCAGUUUGAAAGAUUUUCAGUAUUACAGUAUAAUGUGUCGGUUAAUGACACAAAUACAAAAAUAGGUUGUGUACUGUCAAGCGAGGGCUGUGACACAUUGAAACCAGCAACAACGUUUGUCAUAAAAGGUUCAAAUCCAGAAAUUGACAAGCCAACAGGUACAAACGGAUGGAAAACUAGUACAAAUGUCCUUGCAGUUAUUUUGGCAAUUGCUGCGUUUAUACUCACCAUUUUCGGUUUUUGGAAAAGGCGUCAGAUGAAAAAGAAAGGGUCAGAUCUUUAAAGACCUUUAACAUGUCUAAGCACACCUCAUUACUGUGAAACUAU